GAGGGGAGCAGGGAGAACAGACCAUGGUCGGUGUGUGUGGAGUCUUUAAUAAUGUUGCGAGCUCUGCUGAGACAGCGCUUGUGUGCAACAUCCUGGAUGGAUGGAAGCGGGGUCCCGAUGAUCUUCUCUGCUCUUCUCUGUUGCUCUCUGGUUGGGUUGUCCAGUGGCAUGAUGGACCAACACAGCAGCUCGGGCAAACGCAUUCGCAAGCCCUCCCUGCUGUACGAGGACUUUGAGAGCCCCUCUCUGCCACUCACGAUGCCCCAGGGCCCCCCUGCCCCUCCACAGCCACCAGUGAAGGACCCUAACCGGGCGGGUCGCAUGACCAACCAGCUGCAGUACCUCCAGAAGACCCUCAUAAAGUGUCUGUGGAGGCACCACUUUGCAUGGCCUUUCCACGAGCCUGUGGAUGCCUACAGGCUUAACCUACCGGAUUAUCAUAAAAUUAUCAAGCAACCCAUGGACAUGGGGACUAUCAAGAAGCGUUUGGAAAACAAUUUCUAUCGCAGUGCAAGUGAGUGUAUACAGGACUUCAACACAAUGUUCACCAACUGCUACAUUUACAACAAGCCGACAGACGACAUUGUACUGAUGGCCCAGUCCUUAGAGAAGAUCUUUCUCCAGAAGGUGGCCCAGAUGCCGCAAGAAGAAGUUGAGCUCCCUCCUCCAGCUCCUCGGAACAAAAACAGCAGGGGAAGAGGUCGGAAAUCCAACACAGCAAGGGCUCAGCAGGUGCCAGCGGUGUCCCAGUCAGCCUACUCCCCUUCUUCCUCAGACACUGGGGAGUCCAUGCUGGCCAACUCUCCCCAGACGGUGCUAACCAAAAGCCUGCCUCCGGCCAACAUUAUGGGCCUGCCCCCUACGCAGCCUACAACUAAGAAGAAAGGUGUGAAACGUAAGGCAGAUACCACCACCCCCUCCACCAUGGGUUUUACUGUCGGCAUGUCGGGAACACCACACAUGGUGGGCUUGGGGAAAGGAGGACAUGGGGGCCAAGUCCAUGACACCUCCAUGCACUCUGUCUCUUCAAUGGCAGGCAUGAGCUUGGAGACCCCACCUGGGAUGGGCCUGGUCAGGAGCCCUGGAGGUCCCGUCCUGCUCCAGCCCAUGAUGGCUGGCACCGGACGCAGGGUGGGCAGCGGCCGCCCCAUUAAACCCCCCAAGAAGGACUUGCCUGAUUCUGUGCAGUCUCAGCCCUCGAGGAAGGGCAAACUGAGCCCACAGCUGAGGUACUGCAGUGGACUGCUGAAGGACAUGUUAUCAAAGAAACAUGCUGCGUACGCCUGGCCUUUCUACACACCUGUGGACGCAGCUGCUCUAGGACUUCAUGAUUAUCAUGAUAUCAUCAAGUGUCCUAUGGACCUCAGCACUAUCAAGAGAAAGAUGGACUGUCGUGAGUACAGGGACGCUCAGCUGUUUGCCAGCGAUGUCAGACUGAUGUUCUCCAACUGCUACAAGUACAAUCCACCUGAUCAUGAUGUUGUGGGGAUGGCACGGAAGCUGCAGGAUGUGUUUGAGUUCCGUUUUGCGAAGAUGCCAGACGAGCCACACAUGGAACACACAUCCAUGUCCAUGAGUGGGCACCCAACAUCCUCUUCAUCCUCUUCUUCUUCCUCCUCCUCUUCAUCUUCCUCCACCUCCGAGAGCGAGCCCAGCAGCGAGAGUGAGGAGAGUGAGAGUAGCCCCAGCUCAGACAGCGAGGAAGAGCGAGCUCAUCGCUUGGCUGAGUUACAGGACCAGGUGUGCACACAACUCCGAGCCGUACACGAGCAGCUGGCUGCCCUCUCCCAAGGCCCCAUCGUCAAGCCCAAGAAAAAGAAGGAGAAGAAGGAUAAAAAGGAGAAGAAGAAAAAGAAGAAGCUGGAGAAGCGGAGUCGAGGUAGCAGAAGCAGAGCAGGCUCUGAGGAAUGGAAGAUGCCUGGCAAGAUGUUGAAGAGCAAAUCUACCAAAACUGGUGGCUCCCAGGCAAAGAAAAGCCAGGGGAAGAAGAGUAACAAGAACAGCAAGGCUGCAAAGAAACCUUUCUACCCUCCACCGGCUCCUACCAUGCUACCACACUACGACUCAGAGGAAGAGGAGGAGAUCGUGCCCAUGUCAUAUGAUGAGAAGCGGCAGCUUAGCCUGGACAUCAACAAGUUACCGGGUGAGAAGCUGGGUCGUGUGGUCCACAUCAUCCAGUCGAGGGAGCCCUCGUUAAGGGACACUAACCCAGAGGAGAUUGAGAUUGACUUUGAAACUCUGAAGCCAUCCACGUUGAAAGAACUGGAGCGCUACGUCAUGACAUGUCUGAGAAAGAAGCCCCGCAAACCUUACGGUGAACAAGCUGCAAAGAAAGGCAGUAUUGGCAAAUCUAAAGAAGAACUGACUCUGGAGAAGAGAAGGGAGCUGGAGAGGAGGCUGCAAGAUGUCAGUGGACAGCUCAACUCAGUCAAGAAACCUACGAAACCUAAAGUGGAGAAGCCCAGCGCUGUGGAGACUCACGCCCAGCCCUCACGUCUCAGCGGCAGCAGCUCCAGCUCAGACUCCUCUUCCUCCUCCUCCUCAUCCUCUUCCUCAGACACCAGUGAUUCAGACUCCAGUUGAGAUUGUUAGCUAAAGGCCAAGAGGCAAAAUACUAAUAACUCAGGGACUUGGGCUGGCCCAGGACACAUCAAACCCUGAAACAGUAGUUGGCUGAGAUAUUAAACACCGCGGCAAAAAAAAAAAACACUCCACGUGAACUCCUAUAAUAUUGAAUGUGGGGGACUGAGGGACGUGAAGAAACGUCUCCGUGGAUAAUCGUAGAACCCAAACACUAAAUGCCUUGGUUUCCCCUUCCCUCCCUUUGUAAAUAGUUGUACAAAUUUAUGUUUCUUUUAUAAAGAAGAUUUUUAUGGUGAUCCCCCAAAGAGGGAAGUGGAGUAAUAAAAAAAGGAUGUGGAAAGACGGGCCUUACUCCAAGUCUGCUUUGGCUGGCCUUAAGCUGUGUCCUCUGGUGAAGGAAUGGAAGCGUGUUAUUUGUUUUCUUCACCCACAUUUCCUCAGACGUUACUGGAAUUUGAACCAGCAACCUUUUCGGUCACAAGCCUUGCUUUUCUAACAUCUGGCCUUCUGCCACACUUAAUUUUAGACGAACCCCUAAACUCAGCCUUAAUGAUCCUGAUUGUUGGUGAUAACUGGAGUAAUCCAGUGUUGUUUCGGAGAGCAAAGAUUCCUUCUCAUGUUCACAGGAUAUAUGAAAAUAUGGUAUUUUCCAUAUUCAGGUCAAUAUCUGAAGUUGGUUACAGUUUCAGCUCUUGAUCACUGCUGUUAUGUUUACACAAUUUCUUCUUCUCAAUUUUCUGCAGUCUGUUUUAGAGCCUGUAGUUCUUGAAAACACUUGGGUUUAUAGCGCAGAGUAACAGUUUACCACACUGUAAUUACAAAGUUUAGCAGUUUAGGUCCAUAUUUGUUCAGUUCGUACUGAUUUUGUGGCUGCACUGUUCCCCUCAAAGCCCACCAGCCACUUAAGACUGACUCAUCCUAUAAACACUAAUGGAAAUACUGUCUUCAGUAUUUUCAGAUCUACUCAAACCUGCUUUGAUGUUGUUCUCCGUUACGUCCAUCUACUUCUGAUCUGAACACAGGCUGCUGAAUGUUAUCAGAUUAUUGUGCAGGUUGCUAAUUUCCACAUUAAUCUCCUGAAUAUCUGAAGCAUUGCAUUCUCGAAGACACGUAUAACACUUGAAAACUCAGUGAAGGUUUCUAGAAGAAACCUUUUGGCUGCUCGGCACUUACAGGAACAAACUGAAGGUGAAAAAUUACAAAUUUCCUGUAAAGCGAUAGGAGUCCUCAUAGUGGACGCAUUAGUUGAAGCUGUUGAAUGUUCAGUGAAAGAUACGCUUGUAUAUAUUUCAGCUGUAUUUGCUGUUGCACAAACUGUUGUGUUUCUGCUGUUCUUUUCAGCUCCUUUGUUUCUUUUUUUUUUUUUUUUUUUACAUGUUAUCUUUCAUUCCAGUUAACUGUCUUAGUUGUUUCCUGAAGAGCGUUCACACGAGCAUUGCUGCUUCUGGCUAAGCAGGUCGCUGCCUCUCAGAAGCAUCCUGCUCAUUUGACAGCUGUGUUUAUUAAAAUAUUCUCUUCUGUAGAACAAA